AUGCCUCGCUCGUUCCUGGUCAAGAGAAAGCAGUCGGUCUGCGCCGGAUGGCAGUGGAAGGAGCCGGAGCCCUGCUUCAGUCCAAACACAGUGUGUGUUCAGACUCCCAGCGCUGCUCUGGAGUCAGUGUCGGAGCGCUCUCAGGCCGUCCACACACACACACCUGCUCUGGAGCGUCACAGGGAGGAUUAUGGGAUGGAGAGAGUUCAGCCGUCACACAGUUCUCUCGCUCCUCCUGCGCUGGCCUCAGCGUCGCUCAACAAGGUGCGUGAAUCCAGCGGCUCGUCAGAGUUCCUGUGCUCCGUGUGUCAUAAAGUGUUUCCUCUGCAGCGCAUGCUGACGCGUCACCUCAAGUGCCACAGUAUGAUCAAGAGACACCCCUGCCGGUUCUGCGGGAAAGGCUUCAACGACACCUUCGACCUGAAGAGACACAUGAGAACACACACCGGUAUCCGUCCGUACCGCUGUGAUCUGUGUGAGAAAGCCUUCACGCAGCGCUGCUCUCUGGAGUCUCACCUGCGGAAGAUCCACGGCGUGCGACAGCAGUACGCUUACCGCCAGCGGCGCUCCAAGAUCUUCGUGUGUGAGGACUGUGGCUUCACCUCCAACCGACCGGACGAGUACUUCCUCCAUGUCAGACAGCAGCACCCGAGCAGCCCGGCCCUGCGCCGUUAUUACCGCAAACACAUGCUGGAGAGCCCUUCGCAGCACAGCAUCACCCCCUUCAUGCUGUACCCCGCUGCAGGACUCUACAUGUGA